AUGUCAAAUGUUAAGAAAACUACUAGAUUUCAGCGAAAAUAUCAAAAGAAAUUUCCUAUUGCAGACUCACAAAAUGAUUACAAAAUAAACUUGUCUUAAUGUAUGAAAUAUAAUCAAUUUUAUUAAAUGAGUUCAGUUAUGACUAAGAACGGAAUAAGCUGA